AUGCCCAGCACCAUGUGGCACGUGCUCCGGUCCGUCAACGUCGUCGUGUUCCACAUAAGUAAAUAUGUCCAGGCCAUCAAGAAGUACAUCAAGGGUGCCGUCGCCAGCGGCGCACUCGUCCAGACCAAGGGCAAGGGUGCCUCCGGCUCCUUCAAACUCGCCUCCAAGGAGAAGGUCGAGAAGGUCGCUGCGAAGCCCAAGGCUGCCGCCGCCGCCAAUGGUUCUCUGUCCAGGGCACUUCAUGAUUCAUGGUUUAAAGACAAAGGAAGAUCUAAUGGUAAGAUGCCUGGCUUUGGAAGUGACAACGAGAAUACUUUGACAGGAGAGCACAACUCUAAAUUGACCAUCACCACUGAAUUAAGCUCUUAUUCCUUUAUUUCAACACCAGCACCAGUUAGAAAAAUGUAG